AUGGGUGACUUCCCGAUCAAGGACGCUGCCCCUUUAAGGAAUCCCGGAGCUGGUGAUAAGCCGCUUUCGGGAGCGAAGGGCGGCUGCUCAACUUGCCCGUCGAGCUGCCGCGGCGAGGGUGAAGGGCAGGAGAUGAAGAAACACACGGCCAGGGUCUCGCCGCUGACCGCCUGUGACACCCCUGUGCUGUCACUGACCUGGCUGGGAGGUAGCGAGCGGACAGCGGAUGCGCCAGAGAGGAGAUCGGCCGCAGAGGAACCGCGGGGCAGCGAGGGAGCGCUGGACUUUCUGGGGAGGGUGACGCGGGCUUCGGCGCUGGCAGCCUGCUUGGCGGGCUGCUGGGCCGGGGUGACCCAGAUGGGGAAGGCCGUGCAGGACGGCCUCGAGGCCCCCUUCUUCGUGGCCUGCCACGCCGCCAGCUGGAACCUUCUGCUCUUCCCUGCCUACUGCGCCGGCCGCCUGCUCGCCUCGUGUCACUGGAGGAAGCCACUGGCGGAGCUCAGGGCUUGCACCCGUCUACUGAGCGAGGGGGGCCUCUCCGUCAGGGGCCUCCUGACCAAGACCGCUCCCUUCUGCGUCCUCUGGACGGCCACCACCUACCUGUACUUGCUGGCCCUGCGGAAUAUCAGCGCCACCGAAGCGUCCGCUCUCUUCUGCUGCAACAAGGCCUUCGUCUUUCUCCUCUCCUGGAUCGUACUUAAGGACAGGUUUAUGGGGGUCCGGAUCGUGGCCGCCAUCCUCUCCGUCACCAGCAUUGUGCUCAUCGCUUACGCCGACGGCUUCCGCCACAACUCCAUCGUGGGUGUGGCCUCUGUCGUGGGCUCCGCCUCCACCUCCGCCUUGUACAAGGUCCUGUUUCAGCUCCUGCUCGGCCCUGCAAGGUUUGGCGAAGUUUUGUUCUUCCUCAGUUCAGUGGGCGUCUUCAGCCUCCUCUUCCUGACCUGGGUCUCGGUCGCCCUCCACUUCGCCGGGGUGGAGCCCUGGCCACCUGCCGGCCUCGUGCCCUGGGGUCAUCUGUGCGGGCUGGCCGGUCUCCUCCUCAUGUUCCACGUCCUCAUCAACUGCGGAGCUGCCGUGACCUCGCCCAGCCUCGUGUCGCUGGGGGUCUUCCUGAGUGUACCUCUGAACACUGCCGCUGACGUGUAUCACGGCACGGACUGGGGACCUGGGAAGGUGCGACUCUCCGCCUUGUUCGUCCUCUGCCUUGCCUUCCUGUUGCUGCUGCUUCCAGGGGAGUGGGACACCAUAGCCCUGGGGCUCCUCACCAGGCUGAGGGGCCGAAUGGCCAAGGAGGAUCCAGGCCCUGAGAACUCAGAGGGCAACUUGCAGGCCGGCGGCUGGCCCGCUACCGUACCUGGUCCCAGGUGCUCAGAGAUGAAGGAUGCCCCAAGCACGUAA